AGACGAGGGACCAGGGACCUGAUACCGGGACGAGCCCUCCAGCUGAGCCCGGACCACCGAGACCACCAAAUGCCUCCGAGUUGCUGAUAACAGACAGGUGGCUUGGAUACAGUUGACCAAGCUGCACAUCAGUUCUUCCAGAGAGACCCGACCAUCAUUCACGGUGGAAACCAGGAGGAGAGCAAAGAUGAACGCUGUGCGGGGGGGCACAGUCACCUGGCGCCCCCAGCCAUGGCAGGAUGGGGACGGGGGAGGAGGGGAGCCUCUGUCAGACAGCGACUCUGAGGAGGAGGACUUCCCCGAUGACAGCACCACCCCACUGGGAGACUACAUCACACACGGGUUAAAGCAGCUCCUGGAUGCUCAGCAACUGUGUGAUGUCACCCUGCUUGUCGAGGGAAAGAAAUUCAUGUGUCACAGAAUCCUGCUAGCGGCGGUGAGUCCGUACUUCCGGGCCAUGUUUACGACUCCUCUGGUGGAGUCCCGCCUCACUGAGAUCCGUUUGGAGGAAGUGACCCCGUCCGUCAUGGAGACGGUCAUCCACUUUGUGUACACUGGCGAGGCGGGGCUCUCUCUGGACACCGCUGAGGAUCUGUUUGUGGCUGCCAAUCGGCUGCAGGUUGUGCCCCUUCAAGACCUUUGUUCCAGGUUUCUAUUUGAGCACCUCUCGGUGGAUAACUGCCUGGGGAUGUAUUCUCUGGCCCGCUCUCAUCACGACCAGCUCCUGCUGCGUGCGUCCCUGCGGCUGGUGGCCCAGCACUUUCCCCGGGUGGCCAGGCAGAAGGACUUCCUCCUACUCGACCACGGCACUUUAGGCAGCCUCCUGAGCUCCGACCGGCUGGGGGUGGAGUCUGAGGCGGAGGUCUACGACGCGGCGCGCCGCUGGGCCGAGCACCAACCCCUGGACCGCUACGCCCACAUGCCGGCGCUGCUGCACCACCUUCGUCCCGGGCUGCUGUCCCAGGAAGAGAGCAGGAGACUGAGCCAGGAGCUGGGGCCCGCCGCGGCGGGAGAAAGCCUCGGGGGGCCUCUGAGACCCAGGGAGGGCAUGUUUGAGAAAAAGAUUGUCUGCAUAGACUUAAUGCCUCGAGAUGAGGAGAACUUUGCUACGAGAGACUACACCGUGGACUGCUUUGAUCCCCGGACAGGGAAGUGGGAGAAGUUAGCCGCCCUGGGUUCCCUUGCCAGUCCCGGCUGCACGGCUGUGGGCGGCAGGUUGUUUGUAGCAGGCGGGAUCCUGCGGACGGGCUCCGUGUCUGCAGCCGUGCACGAAUACGAUAACGUGUUGAACAGGUGGAUAGAACGGCCCCCCAUGGUCCAGCCGCGCGCCAUGCUGGGCCUGCUGGGCUGUGGGGAGUCCCUGUACGCCCUGGGGGGCUGUAACCGCUCAGCCCUGCUCGACUCCAGUGAAACCCUGGAGCUGGCGACGCUGCAGUGGGGUCCCGGGCCCCGGCUGCCGCUCCCGCUGCGGGCCUUCGCCUGCGCCGCUUUACGUGGAAGACUCUACCUGCUGGGUGGAACCACGCUUGAACAGAACCGGGCCGUGGUCCACUCAGGCGUUCUUAUUUAUCACACCCUGACGGACUGCUGGACGAGAGUGGCCCUGGACUCUGGCGCCACCUGCCUGGCGGGGGGCGUGGCCGUGCGAGGCGGAGUCUGCGCCAUCGGGGGGUACAUGAGGGAAACCACCAAGUUCCUGGAUGGAAACUACACCAAUCUGGAGACUCUGGACGCCACCGGCCGUGUGCUGUUCUUCAGGGAGGGCCGGGGGUCCGGGAUGGAGAGGGAAGUGACGGGCGGAGGGGUGAUGGUCAGCGCGGAGCAGAGGGGAGUCGCCGGCGGCGGGAGCGACCGAGCCCCGAGUCCCGUUGUGUUCCCAGGACUGCCGAGGCGGAUCGCCGCUGGGGGCGUGGCCCGGUGGAAAAGAAGGAUUUACGUGCUGGGGGGAGAGAAUGGCUCGCGGUUCUACGACAGUGUGUACUGUUGGAAACCGGGCUGGCGCAGCUGGGUGCAGAGGCGGGAAAAGCUCCCUGGAGACACCGGGGGGGUGAGCCAGUUUGGCUGUACCACCCUCAAAUUCCCCAAGAAACACAUCCUGUCCAGGCUGAGGCUCGCCAAAGAGAACUGUAAGAAGCCCAGCGACUAGUCUGAGGGAAGCGUGACAUUGAAGUAGCUCCUCCUUGACCUCAUGCAAUGUUGAUAUUUGAAACAAACUGAGAAGGAAAAUACAAAUUUUACACCACCAGUGUCCAGCCACCGAGCAGGCCUAUAACCGACAGGGCUCCGUAUCCUGACCGUCGGAGGAACCCGUUACACGUUUACCUGAAGUCUGCCAUUUGUCAGAAGAAUAAAACAUCUUUAAGAGUGAAAAAGAGUCUUUAAAUGAUUUUCUUGGAGUGUAACGCUCUUGUUAGAGUUUUGCUGGUGUAGCAAGUUCAAAGCUGUUUUGGAAAUCCCAGUAUUAUGUGAAUUAUUUUGAUAAUUUGACAAUAUUUCUGACUAUGCUUUGUUCCACUUUACUUAAGUUUUAUACAACUUUAUAAAAGUUUGUUUUUUGUGUAAUCUGAGCCUCAUGAUUUCCUCUCAUGCAAAUCAUAGACGACGCACGUUAAUCUAACUUGAAAGGAAACAUUGAAAGUGUGAACAUGUUUCAUAAACAAACUUUUUAACA